AGGAACCGCACUGCUAGGCUGCUAGCUUGCUUCACUUGACUUGUACACCCUCUGAGCUAGUACAAGUGUACAACCUUAAAAAAGAAGAAGAAGAAGAAAUUAAAGAUCACUCUCGUAAACUCUAGUGAGAACCCAGUUACAAUGGCCGAAGCAGAGAAAGGAUCAGCUACGACAGGCUCCAACGAAGGUAAUGGUAAGGAGGAGAUAUCAUUGAAAGACAAAGGCAAUGAAUUCUUUAAAGCAGGGAACUAUCUCAAAGCUGCUGCUCUUUAUACUCAGGCUAUCAAGCUUGACCCUUCAAAUCCCACUCUUUAUAGCAAUCGUGCUGCAGCAUUUUUGCAAUUGGUCAAGCUUAAUAAAGCACUUGCUGAUGCCGAGACAACUAUCACAUUGAAUCCUCAAUGGGAAAAGGGAUAUUUCAGGAAAGGGUGUGUAUUAGAGGCCAUGGAACAGUAUGAUAAUGCAUUGGCUACUUUUCAAAUAGCUUUACAAUACAAUCCACGGAGCACUGAAGUAUCAAGAAAGAUUAAGAGGAUAUCCCAAUUGGCCAAAGACAAAAAACGAGCUCAAGAGGUUGAGAGCAUGAGAUCCAAUGUUAACAUGGAAAAGCACUUGGAAACAUUGAAAUCUGAAAUGUCUGAAAUGCUUGGAUCCGAAGAAUGUUUUAAAGAAAUGUUCUCCUUUCUUGUUGAGACCAUGGAGACAGCUGUAAAAACAUGGCAUGAAGCUUCUAAAGUGGAUCCUAGAGUCUACUUUCUUCUUGACAAGGAAAAGACACUAACUGAUAAAUAUGCUCCAGUUGUCAAUAUUGACAAGGCCUUUGAAUCACCCCAUACACAUGGCAAUUGCUUCUCAUUUCUUAGGCAAUAUGCGGAGGAUUCUUUCUCCAAGGCAGCUUGCGUAGUGGUGCCAAAGAAUAUCAUAUCUUAUCCACAGGAUUUAUGAAAAGCAGUCUCCAAUAUCUUGCAGUUUGGAAAUUGAUGAGAGUGACCAUAGGCAUAGUAUCUACUUUGGGGCUUUGGAUGAUGUGGCUUUGAAGAGGAAGUUUUUGGGGACUUCAAAUAUUUGGGGUUCCCUUUUUGUUUUCCCCAAGUAAUGUAUUUGGUGCUAGAUUAAUUCCUCAUUUACUGUUACAGGCUGUGAUUUGUAAAAUAACCUUGAUUUCAUAAAAAUCAGCUUAUUGUGUUGCAGCUGAAUUAGAGUUGAUGAGCUUGGGCUAGUAAGGUUUUGUUUGCAGCUUGCUUGAGUUUAACCUUUAAUGGUAAAAUUGGAGAAGUGGUGAUGUAUAUUGCGGCUGCUAAUUAAUUUGCAAGUUUUUUUUUUCUAAUUACAUCAAAUCUAUAGAAGAUGCACCACCAAUGACUUGAUGGCUUUAUGGCUGUAAGACAGAGAUGGACCUGACUUGCUUAUAAUCUAGUUGAUGGCUUUAUGGCUGUAAGACAGAGAUGGACCUGACUUGCUUAUAAUCAAGUUAUAUAUAAUUCAUAAAACUGUAUAUAUCCCUUCUAUCAAGUUUUAGUUGUCCUAGCUGAUUUGUUCUUUGGUGGGAUGUAACACUGUACUCAACAACUAGAUCUUAUUUUAUUGCAUACCAUUUUUGCAGGUUUGGAAAGGUCAAGGAUCAAGAAAGUGGAGGCAUGGGCAGCAUGAUGGCAUCUUCGUUCAAUAUGAGUCACCUUUAAUGCGAAAAA